CUAUGUGCUCAGCAAUCCCUAGUUUGCGAUUACCUGCUAACCUUUUUUUUAUUGCAGUGCACAAGAUAUCAAUUUCCAUUUAGAAAAACAAGAUUCCUGUCAAACAAGAUGACCACAUUCUCAAAUCGUGGCAGUGUUUUCAAUAAUUUCUGUGGCAAUGUAGACAAGCUAACCACCCCAUGCCAGAAUCCAGAUCCCCAAUCCCUAUCAUGCCCCAAUCCCUCAACCUGUUCUUGCAGUGCACCAUACACUGCCUUCCCCCUUUAAAAGACCUCACUCCUCCAACUUCUCGCAAGGAAGUAGAGAUAGUAGCACAAGUGAUUGACUAAUAAGAUGGCAGGGUUAAGCGUUCUCUUGGAGACAAAAAAGAGCAUGCCAAAAUACUCAAAUAUCGUAAGACAAACCUCACUUAUCAAGAACCCCUCUACUUCUUCUUCUUCUUCUUCCUUCUGCACAAGCCCUUUUCUGGAAAACUGCUCUCUCUGCCGAAAAAAGCUGCAACAAAGCAAGGACAUCUACAUGUAUAGAGGGGAUCGAGCAUUUUGCAGCGAGGAGUGCCGGCAGAAGAAGAUAUUUAUGGACGAGGAGGGAAUGAAGAGAAACCACUGCUCCUUCUCCGCUACGGCCGCCGCGUCGAAUCGCAGUAAGCCGAGGAAGAACGGCGGGAAAGACACGGCUUCCGUAGCCGGUCGCCUCGCGUGCUAAGCGGUAGUUUUAGGAAAAUAUAAUCACGAAACUGCCACUGCUAGUUUUUUUUUUAAUAAGUAAAAUGGUUGCACUUCAUCCUAUUAAUUUUGAAAAUAAAUUAUCUUUUUCGUCGAA